AUCCUCAGCAGCAGCAGCAGCAGCAGCAGCAGCAGCGGCGGUCGCUCCCACUCGUGGUCCCGCCUUCUUCUUAACUCUUCCACCUCCGACCAGCGACUCUGUGCUGCUGCGGCCUUCCAACAACCACCGCUACCGCUGCUUCUCAUCGUCAUCACUGCCACGCUCAGCCACCCUGCUGCAGCUGCGCUCCACUCUGGCAGCAGCAUCCAACAACAGCAACAGCAUUAGCAAGCAACUGCAACCCGCUGCUGCUGCUCCGACCGCCGCCGCGUUCUCAUCCACUUGCUCACCCACUUGCUCAUCCUCGACGCUUGCCCAGUGGAAACCCGCAGGAAUGCUCGCUCUCGAACGCCAGCUGCUCGCUGCGGCAUCGACGGGCGACGUCGUGACUGUGCGCCGCUUGGUCGAGAUGGGAUUGUCAUCAUCCGCUUCCCGCCUCGCACUCGACGCGCCAGACUCGCGCGCAUGGACGCCGCUCAUGCUGGCCUGCCGCGGGGGUCAUGUCGAGGUCGUCGACGCUCUGCUGGCCUCCCGACGCGUCAACCCCGCGCUCACAAACGACUCGGGCAUGACCGCACGGACCAUUGCCGCGUUUUGGGGCCAUGUGGACGUAGACAAGCUGUUUGACAAGUACGGCCAUCACCAUGCCACUCCAUCUGCAUCUACGACGAGUGCUGCCACUACGAAUACUAACACUACUGCUGCCACAACCACGACGACAAGCUCAAGCACCUCAAGCACCUCAAGCGUUCCGCCCGCUUACCUCCCUUUGGCCGAGCACCUUCGCAUCACUGCUCCCUCGACGCCUUGCUUUUUUGGCGCAAGCGACAUCGACCGGUGCCACUUGCAACGAUCCGACGCUGCUUGGCUGGACGAGGCGCUCCAACACUCGGCCACCCGCUUCCUCGCGUUCAGUGAAAUGCGUCCGUUGCUCAAACUCCCGACCGCGAACGUUGACGACGAAGCUGCAGUGCAAAAGGGCAUGCGCAUCGCUUGGCUCACCCAUGACGAAGUGAGCUCCUAUCUCGCUCGUGGCGCGACUUGGAUUCUGCUUGGCGCAAAACCGCUCGAAGUCGCCGCAAAGAAUCUGCCAACUGCCUCAUCGGACGACGUGCUCCUUCCCGCGUCUGCAGCAGCCGGUGCUUCCCCUGCCAGCGACGUGCUUGCCGCCGUAGAGGCCUCCUCCUCCUCCUCCUCCUCAACAGUCGAUCAGUCCCCCCUUGUGACCAUUGCUGCCUUGACCUCACCGUCCACUGCCGGAGCAGCUUCCGCGUCUCGCCCCGCUUCACCAAGUACUCAAACGGUGCCCAAGAAGCGCAAGCCCGUCUUUUCUACAUCAGUCAAGCGCGUGCUAUUUGCCAUUGACGUCUCCUCCAUCCAGGCAACCACCACCACCACCACAACCACCACCGGCAACGGCAGUCGACCAGCCUCACGUCCGUCCUCGCAGCCGCCGAGCCCCGGUCCGGGGUCGAGCGCGGCCACCACGCCUCUGGCGUCCGCGGGUGCUGCUCGACCACUCGCUGCCACUGCUGCUGCGCCUCUGCGCAACCUCGAGACGCCCUUGGUGCAAGAGUUCCAGCGAAUGCGGCCUGCCUCGUUCUUGUUGUCGCCUGGUGAUGCAGCACUUGUCGGUCAGGCUGCGGCAGUCAUCGACUGGCAUGCUCGCCACAAGUUCUGCGCCGCAUGCGGCAGCGCCACUCAGCCAGCGGAGGCCGGGUACAAGCGCAAGUGCAGCAACGUGGAGUGUCUGUCGCAAUCGGGCGUUCACAACUUUGCCUACCCUCGCGUCGACCCUGUUGUGAUUAUGCUCGUUCUCAGCCCCGAUCGCAAAAAGGUCUUGCUCGGACGCCAAAAAAGCUUCCCGCCAACGGUCUAUUCGUGUUUGUCCGGCUUUAUGGAGGUUGGCGAGACCAUCGAAACGGCUGUCCGCCGCGAGAUUUACGAGGAAGCCGGCAUUCUGGUGGGCGAUGUCACCUACUACACCAGCCAACCCUUCCCCUUCCCAUCGUCCUUGAUGAUUGGCUGCUUUGCGCAAGCCCUGUCCACCGACAUUCAACUGCACGACAAGGAGCUCGAGUCCUGCCAAUGGGUGACGCGCGAGCAGCUCCUUGAUGCACUCAGCAAGUCAACAGACACCAUGCCCACGCCCGCCCAGCGAUCGUCCUCUGCCCCUCGCUCCCGCACCAACAGCGCCAGCGCCAACUUCCGGCUACCCCCUCCGUUCGCCAUUGCCUAUCAAUUGGCCAAGGCCUGGGCACACUCGACCCAAGCCCAUUUGUAGAAGAGCUGCUUGGUUUUUGGUAUUGUGUCGUUCAGUUGUGUCGUUUCCUCUUUUUUUUCGUUUUCUUUUUCUUUUUCCUUUUGUUUCGUGUUUACGAUUGGUCGGCAAAGCUGCUUCCAAAGUAAAAGCUGCAUUUACUCCAAA